UGCAUACACACAUAGACUGUACACACUUAGCACCUCUUAGACUGCUUGAGGACCUUGUAUGUGUGUGAUGUCAGAGGUCAUAAAGGAAACGGAGAGGAUGUGUGAGUCAGGGUGUGUCUUGUGCAGAAAGAAGGCCAGUCAGCAAUAGAGACGGUGGGGCAUCAAUGGGUGUGGAUGGUCUGUCUUUAUAAAACGGAUCCUAAAAGCAAAGGUAUUACAGGGAAGACAGCUAUCUUGGACUGAACUACGGAAAUUUACAGCAAACAUCAAGAACAGGAUUGUACAAAGGCCCACCGAUCACUUACAAGAAGUGUCAAGCUAAAUCCAUCAAUGGCCAGCCAUAACGCCCUACUGAGUGGUGUAGAUCUGCAGUGCUAUGAGAAUAACCAUGCUCAUCGCACUGAGGAGAUGGACAUGGAGCAACUGCUGGUGCGCAGAGGUCAGCCAUUCUCUGUAGUACUGCAGUGUACUGACCACAUCCCACGGCUCCCAGAUCACCAGCUCAACCUCAUACUACACCUGGGUAAGAAUAAUGAGGUGGUCUUGAAGGUGUCAGACUCAGAGCAGGAUCAUGGGAAAUGGUGGUUCAGUCAGCGUAAUGCUCAGGGUGAGGUGAUGCUGACUCUCCACAGCCCUGCUGAUGCUCCCGUGGGUCUGUACAGCAUGACUGUAGUUCUGCUCUCAGCUGAUGGGCAACUCCUGGAGCAAACCAAGUCUCAGACCUUCUACCUGCUUUUCAAUCCUUGGUGCAAAGAUGACUCUGUGUACCUUCCCAGUGAGGAACUGCUGCAGGAGUACAUUUUAAAUGAAAAUGGGAUCUUGUACCAGGGCUCAUGGGAUGAUAUCACCACUGUGCCUUGGAACUUUGGACAGUUUGAAAAAGAUGUGGUGGAUAUUUGCUUUGAAGUGCUGGACAAUUCACCCGCAGCCCUGAAAAAUUCAGAGAUGGACAUUGCUAACAGAGGAAGCCCUGUUUACGUUAGCAGGACUAUUACUGCCAUGGUAAAUGCUAAUGAUGAUCGCGGGGUGGUAUCUGGCCGCUGGGAUGGAGAGUACAGUGAUGGGGUGGCACCCACACGGUGGACUGGCAGUGUGCCCAUCCUGAGGCGCUGGAGUGAGGGUGGAGGACAGAGAGUGCGCUAUGGGCAGUGCUGGGUGUUCACAGGAGUGGCCUGCACAGUCCUCCGCUGUCUUGGCAUUCCAACCAGAUGCAUCACAAAUUACUCAUCUGCUCAUGACACUGAUGCAAACAUUUCUGUCGAUUACCUUUUCAAUGAUCAACUUGAAAAUGUGUCUGAAGGCAGGAAGGACUCCAUCUGGAAUUACCACUGUUGGGUUGAGUCCUGGAUGAAACGUGAUGACCUCCCAGAAGGUUUCGAUGGAUGGCAGGUGCUAGACCCUACUCCUCUAGAAAGGAGUGACGGAGUCUUCUGCUGUGGGCCCUGUCCAGUCCAUGCGGUCAAGGAGGGAGAAGUGGGGUUGAAGUACGACACCCCAUUUGUGUUUUCUGAGGUGAAUGCUGAUCUGAUUUUCUGGAUUGUUCAUCCAGAUGGGGAACGGAUUCAGGUGUCCCAAAACAGUAAAGUUAUAGGGCGGAACAUUAGCACUAAGAGUGUGUAUGGAGACUUCAGAGAGGACAUUACUGCUAACUACAAACAUCCUGAAGGAUCAAUGAAGGAGCGAGAGGUUUAUAAAAAGGCAGGCAGACAAGUGGGACAAAUGAACAAAGACCCAGGACAGCUCGAGCUUUUCAUCAAGCAUGCCCCAGCUAUCCACGGGACAGACUUUGAUGUGAUCAUAGAGGUGUAUAAUUCUGGUAGGGAGGACACAGAUGCACAGCUUACAGUCACAUCGAACGCAAUAACCUACAAUAGUAUCCACCGCGGAGAGUGCCAGAGAAAGACAACCUCUCUCACAGUGCAAGCUCACAAAGCUCAUAAAGAAGUAUUGCGACUUCAGUAUGAUCAUUAUGGGGCAUGUGUGUCUGAACAUCACAUGAUAAGGGUCACAGCCCUCCUCCAACUCACUAAUCAAGACAACAUCAUCCUACAAGAAAUCAACAUCCCCUUGAAAAUGCCAGCUCUUCAUAUCAAGAUUAUUGGAAAAGCGAUUGUAUCACAUAAACUGACAGCACACAUCUCCUUCACCAAUCCCUUGCCUGUUAGUCUACAAGGAGGUGUGUUUACCGUGGAGGGAGCAGGACUAACAGAGGCGAUAGAAAUAAAAACACAUGGUAAGAUUGAACCUGGUCAGGCUGUGACAGUUAAAUUCUCCUUCAAGCCCACCCGUGCUGGCCUGAGAAAACUGCUUGUCGACUUUGACUCUGACAGACUGAGAGAUGUAAAAGGAGAAGCCACUGUUAUUGUUCGGACAAAAAUGCAAAACAGGAACGCUGUCCCAGAAAUCUAGACAAGCAUGUAAAUUCAGAGAACCAUGCAUUUAGUGUGUUGUAAAUGAUACAGUUAAUGCUAUAUACUUGACUUAAUAACAGCUGUUUUGCUUGUUACUUAUUUUGUUUGUGAUUUGUUUAUAUAAAGAGUAUGUAACAAUUUCUUUAUGAUUACUUUAUGACAUAUCUUUGCAUGCUUUCACAGACUUUGAAAGCUCUUUUUCUACAUGUAAAAUGCCCAGCCAUGUGAAUACACCGUAGCUUGCCUUUUAUUAAAUAAAUAUAAAAAAGUUUUAUCUAAUAACAAUUUUGAAAGCAGUGUUUGUUGAUACUUUCAGUGUAAUGCUGUUGUUGUGUUUGAUGUAAAUGUUUUGAUUAAAAUAUGCAUGUAA